AUGGCCGUGGGACUCACCGGCGGUCGCCACGCGGCGGACGAAGAGGCGCGCGCCGAGGUCGACGUGCUCAACUCCCGCCUCGAGAAGACGACGCAAUUGACCAAGAAGAUCCAAGCAUGUCUCGGCAGGCUCGAGGCCACGGGCAAGAGCGUGCGCGAUGUGUCUGGGCCAUUGAACGGCGAGACCAAGAAGCUACAGAUAUUGGGAAACAACAUCGACGCUGUCAUCGCAGCCAUCGAGCGGCUGCGUCAGCCCGCCGAUUCCAAGAAUGACGAGGAGCAAAUCAUCCGGCAAGGCCCCGACAAGGCCGGCCUGUCCAACUAUCUCAACUCGAUCCAGAGGCUAAGCACAUCGCUGCAGAACAUGGAGAGCGCCAACUUGCGCGCCAAUCAGCAGACAAGAACCGACCUCCAAAGACUGAUACAGAACGGGAACAGCUCGCUGGAGAGUCACUUUGACAAGAUAUUGCGUGGGGAGACGCCCAUGUCCGUCGAGCCUCUGAACUUCACCACCAAGGGCAGGCCGUUCCCUGUCAUAUCCCAGGAUAAAAUCGCCCGGCUGAGCCUGAUUAACUCGUACGUCGGGAGCAAUGCGACUACGGAAAACCCCUUGGUCAAGAUAUACGCCGAAGUCCGCGGCCAAUAUCUCCAGAAGACACUGGUCAACCUGGCAUUCGCCAGUGUCAACACUGCAAAGAAGACUAGCCCCGGCGCUCUCUACAAAGCGGGCACCAAUGGCAUUGGUGAAUACGCAAAGGCUCUGGAGGGCAUGUGCAUUGCGGAGCACGAAAAUAUCUGCAGCAUCUUCAUGAGGCAAGACUGGGGGUCGGUCCUGCAGCUUGCAUGCCAAGUGCCAAUGGCAGAGCUUGCCCGCACCAUCAGGGAGCUCAACAACCAUAUCAAGGCACACCUAAGUACAGAUUGCUUCCUAGCAUACGAGGUGGUGGAGAUCAUGUCUAGUCUGGCCUCCACGUUGGAGGAACGCACCGGAGAAUUAAAAAGCACUUUGGCAGCAGCGUUGAAGCCUGUCAGGGAGACGGCCAAGGUAUCUUUAGCCGAGUUGCUGGAUGAUACCAAACGGAAGGUUUCCAUGCUGCAGUCCAUACCCUCGGAUGGUGCACCCAUUCCCAUUGUCUCCGAGACUAUGCAGCGCCUCCAGUCCAUGGUUGAAUUCCUGCGGCCGAUAUCAAGUGUAAUGAUCUCACUAGGCGAUGGCGGUUGGAAGUCUGCGGCCGCAGCGAAUCGCAGUACAGAUGCUAUCCCAAGCCUCGCCUCGUUCGAUAUCGGAGCAGACGGCAAGGAGAUCUUUGCGCACUAUUGCACCGACACUAUCGAUGCAUUGUUAACGGCCCUGGACCAGAAGGCGAAAAUGCUUCUGAGGGGCAAGUCGGUCAUGGGUGUCUUCCUCGCCAACAGCAUUACCAUCAUCGAGCGAAUGAUCCUAGAGUCCGGCCUUGCACCGCUUCUGGAUGGCAAACUCGCUGUGCUGGACACUUGGCGGAAGAGGGCGAAGGCCAUGUAUACUGAGGCGUGCAAAGAUCUCUCAAUGCAGCUCUUUGAUGUUAUUCAUACGAAUCGGACACAACGUCCUCCAUCGGGAGGUAUUGACUCGGCCUCCAUUCUGAAGGGAUUGAGCAGCAAAGAUAAGGAAAGCAUCAAAGGGAAAUUUGUGUCUUUCAAUGCUGGGUUUGAUGACCUGGUAGCCAAGCAUAAGACUUACAGUAUGGAGCGGGAGGUCCGCAACAUGUUCGCCAAAGACGUUCAACAGAUGCUCGAGCCUCUAUACAACCGUUUCUGGGAUCGUUAUCACGAAAUCGACAAGGGCAAAGGAAAAUACGUGAAGUACGACAAGUCGAGUAUCGCUGCCGUCUUCCUAUCCCUUUACUAA